AUGGAGCUUAUUAUGCAGCGUGCCCGUGUUCGUGAAGAUGCCGAACAAACCAUGCAGCGUUUCCUUUCUGGUCUGAACUUCAAUGUCAAGCGCAUUGUCCGGCAUUACCAAUACCAUGAUAUCACGGAGUUGCUACAUCAAGCACAUGAAGCGGAGGCUCAGUUGGCGGAGGAUGCGAAGUUUGCUGCACGUACUACCGCUGCCAAGGGUCGUUUUACCCCACGGACAGCGAGCAGCGCGUCUACCCCUAGUACGGCAUUCGGGUCAUGUGGCACUUUCAAUACCAAGCUCGAGGCUGCUGUUUCUAAUGCCAAGAAGCCGGUGCAGCCCGCUGCUAGUUCUGUAUCGUCCUCUAGUUCUACCGCCCACAACAGGGAUAUCAUUUGCCAUACCUGCCGCGGACGAGGCCAUAUCCAGCGAGAUUAUCCAAACAAGAGGAUUAUGCUUGUGAAUGAAGAAACCGGUGAAUAUGAGUCCGGUGAUGAGGUUGAUGACGAAGAUGAGGAGGAUUUCCAUGCUACUGUUUAUGCUGAUGCUACACAUCUUCCAACCAUAGUUUGUACGCCGAAAGUUUUGAGUGUGGUACCUAGCUCGGCCGAGGAGCAGCGCUGCAAUUUGUUUCAAACCAAGGCCGUUGUGGGACACGACAAGGCGUGCAAGGUGAUUAUAGAUGGAAGAAGUUGUCACAAUCUAGCUAGUAAAGAGCUUUGCACGAAACUGAAGUUGAAGUAUUUCCCGCACCCCAAUCCAUACUAUAUUCAGUGGCUUAGUGAUCACGGUGAGAUGAAGAUUAGCCACAUGGUGCGUGUUGAGUUUCAGAUUGGACCAUAUAAGGACACCGUUGAGUGUGAUGUGGUUCCAAUGACCGUGUGUCAUUUGCUGUUGGGACGGCCGUGGCAAUCCGAUAGAGAUGUUCGUCACAAUGGGAGAGCUAAAGUAAAUCGUGAGAAUGAGCGUGAGAGAUUAGAUAGGCGAGCGACUCCAUUUUCGGUGAGUGAGUGCCACAAGUCAAAUUUGAGUGGUGUCCUUCUUUCUACUAACGAGAUAACCCCGCUGCCUAUUAGUGUUUCUCAUGUUUUGCAGGAAUUCAACGAUGUGUUUCCGGAUGAGGUCCCCGAUGGUUUGCAACCAUUGCGAGGGAUUGAGCAUCAAAUUGACUUGAUUCCAGGAGCGUCGCUGCCCAAUUGUCCACCAUACCGUACGAACCCCGACGAGACGAAGGAAAUUCAUAAACAAGUACAAGCGCUUCUCGACAAAGGUUAUAUUCGCGUAAGCUUAAGUCCUUGUGUUGUUCCUGUUAUUUUAGUGCCUAAGAAAGAUGGUACUUGGCGCAUGUGUGUAGAUUGUAGAGCGAUUAAUAACAUCACCAUUCGAUAUCGUCAUCCUAUUCCGCGUUUAGAAGAUAUGUUAGACGAAUUGAGUGGUGCUGCUAUAUUCUCUAAAAUAUAUUUGCGUAGUGGAUACCAGAUGAAAGAAGGGGAUGAGUGGAAAACAGCCUUUAAAACUAAAUUCGGUUUAUAUGAGUGGUUAGUCAUGCCUUUUGGGUUAACUAAUGCACCUAGUACUUUCAUGCGUUUAAUGAAUCAUGUUUUAAGGGUCAUUUUCUUGGGUUAUGUUGUUUCUGCCCAUGGGGUUGAGGUUGAUGAAUCUAAAAUUGAAUCAAUUAAAACUUGGCCUACUCCUGUCAAUUAUUUGAAAGGCCAAGCUAAGUUGAACCGACGACAUGCUAAGUGGGUGGAAUUUAUUGAAUCUUUUCCUUACAUUAUUAAGCAUAAAAAGGGUAAAGAAAACGUGGUUGCUAAUGCUCUUUCUAGGAAAGUUGUGCUUUUGAGUCAAUUGGAUGUUAAAGUUCCUGGAUUAGAGAGUUUACGUAAUUUAUAUAUUUCUGAUCGUGACUUUGCUGCACCUUUUAAUCUUUGUAAGGAUGGGAAAGGAUGGGAUAAGUUUCACAUACAUGAUGCGUUUUUGUUUCGAGCUAACAAACUUUGUGUACCCGAGUCGUCCGUGCGUUUGUUAUUGCUGCAGGAAUCACAUGCCGGCGGCUUGAUGUGUCACUUUGGACGUGAAAAGACUUUGCUUAUGCUUAAGAGAAUUUUUAUUGGCCAAAGAUGA